AUGGCCGUCCUCUUGUCGGCCAUCUCGCUGCGGCGCAAAACACGCCUCUUGGUGUUCGCCGCCGCCGCCUUUCUCCUCAUCAUCUACGUCUUCCAGCCCCGCGCCGGCCGUGUGCACCUGCACAAGGUGCUGCAGCCCGCGCGCGAGUCCACGGACCCCAUCUUCUACGUCAACAGCUCUGUGAACUGGGCGCUGCGCCAGCGCCUGCACCCCAUCCCCGACGCCAGCCUCGUGCGCCUGCCGACUGGCACGCCCGCGCCCAUGCCGGCCAUCCAGUACAGCUUCCGCGCGGACCCCGACUACAAGUCCGCCGACGUCAAGCUGCUGCGCGACACGCGCCGCGACGCCAUCCGCAGCGCCUUUUUGCGCGCCUGGGAGAGCUACCGCCAGCACGCCUGGGGCUACGACGAGCUGCUGCCCAUCAAGCUGAAAGGCAAGGACGGCUUCAGCGGCUGGGGCGCCACGCUGGUGGACGCGCUCGACACGCUGUGGAUCAUGGACCUGCGCAGCGAGUUUGACGAGGCCGUGCGGGCCGUGGCCACCAUCGACUGGGACGCCGCCACGGGCUUCGAGUGCAGCCUGUUUGAGACCAACAUCCGCUACCUCGGCGGGCUGCUGUCGGCCUACGAGAUGAGCGGCGCCGCGCCUCUGCUGGACAAGGCCAAGGAGCUGGCCCACAUGCUGCUGGCCGCCUUCGACACGGCCUCGCACAUGCCGGCGAACCGGUUCCACUUUGACCGCGCCUGGCAGGGCCUCUUGGUGCCGGGCGACCACGAGGCCUCGGCCGCCGUGGGCACGCUGUCGCUCGAGUUCACCAAGCUGGCGCAGCUGACGGGCGACCACCGCUUCUACGACGCCAUUGACCGCAUCAAGCGCGCGCUCGCGCGGGUCCAGGACACCACGACGAUCCCCGGCCUCUGGCCGACGUUCCUGGACCUGCAGAACGGCUUCAAGGCCAACGGCCAGAUGUACACGCUCGGCGGCAUGGCCGACUCGCUCUACGAGUACCUGCCCAAGAUGCACAUGCUGCUGGGCGGCCAGGACGCCGCGUACCGCGACAUGUACGUCAAGGCCGCCGACGCCGCGCGCCAGCACCUGCUGUUCCGUCCCAUGAUCCCGGACCCGGACGUGCGGGGCCACGACAUUCUUGUGUCGGGCACCGUCCUGGCCGGCGGCCCCCGCAACGGCGUCAGUCUGAUGCCGGAGGGCCAGCACCUGGCCUGCUUUGCCGGCGGCAUGUUUGCGCUGGGCGGCAAGCUGUUUGACCGCCCGGCCGACGUCGAGGUCGGCACCAAGCUGACGCAGGGCUGCAUCUGGGCCUACGACGCAUUCCCGACGGGCGUCAUGCCCGAGUCCUUUGACCUCGUGCCGUGCCCCAAGCCGAGCGGCUGGCUGGACAAGAUGGCGCUGAUCGCGACGAACAAGGCCGCGUCCGCCGCGCCCGCCGCGGAAAACACCACGGCCUGUCCCUGGGACGAGCCGGCGUGGCGCGCCGCCCAGUUCCCCAAGGACAAGGCCGGCCGCUACCCGCCGGGGUUCGCGGCCAUCCGCGACCCGCGCUACCUGCUGCGGCCCGAGGCCGUCGAGAGCGUCUUUUUGCUGUACCGCAUCACGGGCGACCGGUCGCUGCAGGAAGCGGCGUGGCGCAUGUACUUGAACAUUGAGCGGUCGACGGCGACCAAGCACGCCAACUCGGCGAUUGCCGACGUGACGGUGACGGGCCCCCCGCAGAAGCUGGACUCCAUGGAGAGCUUCUGGUUUGCCGAGACGCUCAAGUAUCUGUACUUGACGUUUACGGAGCCCGACUACUUUAGCCUGGACGACUAUGUCUACAACACGGAGGCGCAUCCCUUUAAGAUUCCGAAACCCGCGGCAGCACCUCUGCCACCGAUAUCAAACGGCAGGGUCAAGGCCAAGACGCACCAGUCGACGGGCCAGAAAGCAGGCAAAACGACAAAAGCGGGCGGCUGA